AUGUCUUUCCUCUUCGGCGGUGGGCGUCCUCAGCCAAGCUCCGCAGAGAAGAUCGCGGCAGCCGAGCAAGAAGUUGAAUUAGUGUCCGACAUGUACAAAAGAUUAACGAAAUCGUGUCUGGCGAAAUGCGUACCUGCCGAUUACCGCGAAGCCGAACUCAACAAGGGCGAGAGUGUGUGCCUCGAUCGAUGCGUGGCCAAGUUCUUCGAAGUCAACAUCAAGGUGUCAGAAAAGAUGCAAGGAGAGGCGGCGGCAAGAGGAGGUGGCGCAGGCGCUGGUGGUAUGUUUGGCAUGUAA